GAAACUUUGAUCAAUUAUGCGUAUUUCUUAGGAGACGAAUUGUUGACACGCGAUAUAAUGAAUGUAUGUGAACUGCAAAAGUCUUCUGGCAGUUAUAAAUCAACGUAUCUAUAUCAUUUCGAUUAUGAGAGCGAAACUUCUCUUAUGAAAAAAAUACAACGUUUCGGACUUCCAGGAGUAUCCCACGGAGAGGAGUUAUUUUUCUUAUUUUGCCCAGAAGUUGCGAAAGCAAUGAACUUGUCGCUACCCAAACCUGGUACGGAUGACUAUGUGAUGAUAAAUUACUUUACGCAAAUGUGGACAGAUUUUGCUAAAACAGGAAAUCCAACGCCUACGACAAAUUUAUGGUUACCAUUAACCGGUCCACAAAACGAAGACUACAAUUACCUAAAUAUUGAUAUAAAUCUACAAAUGAAAAUCUUUCGUAAAGGAAAGGAACGUUGGAAUUGGGAAAGUCAUAAAAAAACGUUCUAAUGCGUUCUCUCUCUCUCUCUCUCUCUUUCUUUCUCUCUUUCUCUCUCUCUUUC